UGAGCCGAAGAGGUGAUGGGGGGGCAAACGGAAUGAGGGCGACAGGAAAGUGGAUUGACAGUGCAGAAGAGGGCAAGGGGGGAGGGGGAGGAGGAGGAGGAGAAGGAGGAGGUGGGAAAGCAGAAGAGCGGAUGGAAAGCCGGUGGGAGGCAGAGAUCGUGUUAGGGCAAUUGGCUUUCUCUGACGGUGACGAAAAGAGAGAGGGAGGUGAUUAUAACUUCCCGCCGCAGGUCCGUGUGCCAUCUCCCGCGCAGGAGGGGCAAGGAGGAGGAGGGAGGAGGAGGGGCAAGGAGGAGGAAGGAGGAGUGGCAAGGAGUAGGAGGAGGAGGGGCAAGGAGGAGGACGGAGGAGGUGAUGGACGUGGUUGUAGAAUAGACAUGGCGGCCGUCAUUUCAUCAAAGCAGCCAAUAUUCCUGGUACAGAACCAACAAGGUUCACGCGAACUGCAAUUCUCCUCCUCCUCCGUCUCCUUCUCCUCCUCCUCCUCGUCAUCUCUGCUGCCUUCGUCAUUGUUGAUCGCUGUUGAGGUGCAAUCUUUGCCAGGAACGUCUGGACGUGCCUUGUCCAUCUUUGCACCAGGAUCGUCUGGACGCGCCUUGUCCGUCUCCUCCUCCUCCUCCUCCUCCUCCUCUUCCUCCAUGUCCACUUCCAUCUCCUCCUUCAAUGGCUAUGGUGGUCCAUGUGCAGUCAGCGGUUCCUGUCUCUCUGGCGGUCCUUUCUACUCCUCGCAACGUGUCACUCUUAGACUUGCUCAUCGGACGAAUGCCGUGGCCAGGCCUGGUCCUUUCCACCCUCUUCAUCCAUCCAGAUGCCACGGUACCUCCUCCGUAAGGUCAUCGCGUCAUAAACGUGCUUCUAGCCGAGGAGACAAGCUCGCACGCAUUGGCUAUGGCGGUUGCCGGCUUCCUUCUUCCUCCUCCGGUGAUGCGGGUGCACGAUUACGCUUCUCUCUCGUAACUCGAGCGUCGAGUGAAGAUGAGGCUUCCCAGCAGCAGCAAUUUAAAGGGUUCGGGAGUCCUCCGAAGCCGAAAAGCCCUACCUCUUCUCGAACGGGAGGUGCAAGUGGUGGGGACGACUCGCGAAAGAAAAGCCGCGGCAGCGACGGCGAUUCCGGCGACGACAAUUUUAGCAUGUUUGGCUCGGAGGGUGACGACGACAGCAUUCCGGAAGUAGUCAGCAAUCGUAUGAUGUCGCGACUGGCAGUGACGGUUGGGGUCCCGAUGAUGAUAGGAUUCGCAUUCUUCCCUUUCUUUUACUAUCUUAAAACUGUACAGAAGAUCGACAUUCCUUCGUGGCUUCCUUUUGUGACCUCGGGUUUCAUUUUUAGCACGGCCGGAUUAGGAAUAACCUAUGGGAUCUUGUCGACGAGUUGGGAUCCCUACCAAGAAGGCAGCCGGCUAGGAGAUGCCGAAAAGCAGUUCAAUGAUUCUCAAUUCCGUGCACCUCUCCGUAAACUCGUCCAGAUUCAGGCGUUCGAUCCGACCCUCUUUGCUAGUGGGACCACGCCCCUGGAGGAGAGUGAAAGAGAGACGGACCUCCCCGCAUCUGUCAUUUACCACCGCGGCUCCGGUUCCUUCCACUGGUGCUGCACUGCUGAAAGCUGCUGGCUUUCGGCAAUGGCUACGGCUUUCAUACCACAUUCUUCAAUCGUCCGAGCCUUCGCUCUGAUCAGCGAAGAGCAUUCAUCACUGCCACCGCUGAGAGAUGGCGCUGUCAAUCUUGCCGCGCCCUUGUUGAGAUCCACAACGCCCACACCCACUCCCAAACCAGUGAUGGUCUGCGGCACAACUGCGUGUCGCCCACGCUCCUCGCGCUUGUUGAAUACAACCUGUCGGUUCAAGGUGCGGGGAAGCAGGGGCAGCGUGGACCUAUUGAGGUCUGUAGACGGAGGCUGGGAAACCGCAUGUCCACCACAUUGCCGCGCGGGUGCUGGUGCCAGGAGGUUGGCGCAGCAAUGCGAAGAAUCGGUGCGGACGACGGCGGCAACGCGAACGACGACUGCCAAAGCGACCAUGGACUUAUCGCAGACUGUGACAGCAGAUGGUGUGCUGACGUCUGAUUCUGAAUCGUCGUCUGCUCUUCGCGAAAGUGGUGUGACGUCGACCAGUGCAAGUGCGAGCGCAAGUGAUGGCACCGACAGGUCAACGACCGCCGCGGGGGGAGGCUGUCCUGGCUGCGGGGCUGCGGAGAUUUCGCGAGGAUGCGAUGGGGAGGGGCGCAUUCAGGGGGGAAUCGCAAACAUUCCUGGUUUUCGCUGGUGGCCGAUUAAAGUGUAUCGCCCUUGCUCCAAUUGGGAACUCUCUGGAAAGCGGUACAGGCGCAAGGGGCAAAGUCUGGACGAAGUUGCGUACGGCCUUAGCAAGUCCGAAAUUCAAAAGGACAAAUGAAAUUAUGCUGGGCACAACCCCUGCCACCAUGGUGUGAAAUUGUGAAUACCUUUUUUUUCCCCUUUUUUUAAGGGUUGGAAAAAAGAAAUCCCAUGCUGAGAGAAGAAUAUGUACUAAUAAUAUAGUGUAGUUAAAAAAAAAGUGAAAAAAAACAAAAGUCGAGUGAACGGUCCCCAACUUCUCACUCGCUCACAGCUUUGUUUCGUUUCUCAUUUUCUGUUUCUCCACUGCUUGUCUCCGAUACUCUUCUAUCUAUUAUUCACAUGUUUGACUCUUUUUGUUGACAUUUCUAUUUAUUUGUUUGUUUGUUUGUUUGUUUGUUUGUUUGUUUCAAAUUGUUUGUUUUUCUUUUGUGAUUUUAUUAGUGCGACACUGCGACUUGUUGUACAGAGGCCAUUCCAAUCUGUUGGGCCUCGGUCGCGCUUGUGCGCGUUUUUUAUUUUUCAUUUUUUUCAUUUUUCAUUUCUCGGAGUUGAUCUCCACAUUCUAUGACCAGA